AUGGAUCAGAACUGUACGAGCUUCAGUGGGACAAAUAAAGAGGCAUGCAAGCUCAUUACAGCAGGAUUAAAACAUAUAUACAGCACUCAGGUAGAUGAGAAAAAUAGCGACCAAGUACAAGCGCAACAUAAUAGACCAUUUUAUCAAACUAUGUCAUGCGCAGCAUUAAAUGUUUAUGCAGAUAUGCUUAUAAAGGAAACAGGGGGUCAGCCGUGCGCUAUAACCGAAGUAGCAAUAGGAAAAAUGUUUAAUGAAGGAAAUAAACAGAUAAGUACAUGGUGUAAGGAUAAGACUGGUAGUAGCUUGCAAUGUGUUACAUGUGAAAGGAAACCUAACUUAAAUUGUGAAAUAGAGUAUAAUAAUAUCAAAUACAAUGUGACAAAAAAAGUGGGUAACCUACUCCAAGAGGAUAGCAACAUACAACCAACUCUAACUACUAUAAAUGAUAUGUGUAAGAAGAGUCAAGCACCGAAGGAAAAAACGGAAAAUUCCGACACGCAAAAAUCAGGUAAGGAGGAUGUAACAUGUGGUGAAGCAGCUACAUAUAGGGGAAACAGCGGUGGGGUCCUUAUAGAAGUUAGUGGCGCUGCAGCACAGCAGGAACACUGUGAAGGAUAUCAGCCCCAUGUACCUAAGGCGAAUGAAGAGGAUGAUGGUGCAGGUGACUCCUCCUCCGCCCUUCAACAUCCGGACGAUGACGAAAAUACUAAGAGCAGCCCUCCAAAGGUAGAUGCUGACACUGAAAAGAAGGCUUCUGCAACGGAUGAGGACGAUGUAGAUUCUAAUAAUAAUGGUGAACAAGGUGCCUCCCCUGUUGAUGUUGUUGUUGGUGGUGGUAGUAGCGUCGAACCAUCCGGUAGCGAAAUUGUCGCUCCAGGGGAAGAACCUCCCUCUGGAGCAGGUGGGGAACCGGACUCAUCAACACAGGGAAUAUCACCAACAUCAUCCUUACCAGCAGCAGGAAAAACAUCACAUUCACCAGGAACAAGAACAAAUAAUGGGAAUGGAAGGAAGGAAGGGAUGGACAACCCUUCGGAACUCCUUACCCCAUACCUUCCUACCAUUCCUGUCUUCAUUGGUCUUUCUGUUACGAGUUAUUUACUUUGGAAGUAUCUUGCCUUACCUGGUAAAAGAAAACGUUACAGAAGAGCUCCUCAAAUACGUGGUCCACUUCCCUUAGAACAGCAGAUUGUUGACGAAGUGGACGACCAGGCAGAUGGUACACAUGAAUAUACCUUAGUAAAGGAACGCAAACCUCGUUCUACGCCUAUAAAAAGGAGGAAAAAACGGGGCGUUGAUCGCCGUGCUGUUGGUCGUCGUCGUGGUGUGCGUCGCCGCAUGAUUAUUGAUAUUCAUUUAGAAGUCUUAGCCGAAUGCCAAAAAGGGGAUCUGCAUUCGACGAAGGGGGAUUAUUUUACCAUUCUUGUUCAAGAGUUUAUGGGAAGCGAAUUCAUAAAAGAGGAAAAUGUUCCUAAGGAACAGGUUGAAAGUUCAGAUUUCGGGUUUAGGGAGGAAGACUUUCUUCCUAAGGAACAAGUUCACAUUUCAGAUUCCACGUUUAGGGAAGAAGACUUUAUUCCUAGGGAAGAUGUUCCUAAGGAAGAAAUUCCUAAGUUUGAUGUUCCUAAGGGACAAGUUCCAUGUUCAGAUUCCGGGUUUAGGGUUAAUGUUCCUAAGGAACAGGUUCCAAGUUCAGGGUUCCGGUUUUAG